CUGUAAUUUCCCUUUGUUGGCGUGCUUUGUCCAAUAGGCAUCUUCCUGCAAAGGGUGUGUCCCACCUCUUUUUCACCAUACCUGCUUGCUGCCAUAAAACAGAAUUCUGUGUAUUGCUGCAAAUGCCAAUAGAGAUGCAUUGUCAUAUAUAGGAUAGAUAAAACUAGCUAUGGAGUUGGAACAACAAACAGAAGGUGGAGUCAGAGGAAUACCUUCAGGAAGUCAGAUACUUCAUGUGUAUCCUCGUAAUCUGCCAUCUCACGCAUUGCAACACAUUGUAUUAACAGGACAUCUGGACAUAAAGAAACUAGCUUCCAGUGAGCCAAAGAAAAGAAAAGGUGGCUGGCCUAAAGGGAAGAAAAGGAAACCUCCAAAGGAAUUUUCAGCUCCUCGUGCCCCUACAACAGGGUAUGUAAUAUUCUUGAAUGAGCGGAGAAUUAAAACGAAGGCCAAACAUCCAGAUUUGCCUUUUACUGAAAUAACCAAGAUGCUGGCUGCUCAAUGGUCUCAACUUUCUCAAGCAGGAAAGCAAAAAUAUAUUAAAGAAGCAGAAAAGGAUAAGCAAAGAUAUAUGAAAGAAUUGAAAGCCUAUCAAGACUCUGAAGCCUAUCAAGCUUUCUUAGAAAGAAGAGCAGUUCACAAAGUGAAGACCCUGUGUGGAACAAUAUCUAUAGGAAGUAGAUCUGAGAAUGAAGCUCUUGCUUUGUCAACAAUAGAUAGAGAUGAAAGCAAUGACCUGUACUGUCGGACAUGUAACCAGUUUUUCAGUUCUUUUCAUAACAAGAAAGAACACCUUAUGGGAAAGCAACACUUACAGAAUUUAACAGGAGAGUUUGAAAAAGAAACUGCUGAGUUCUCUAAACAUCAGAAACUGCAAGAAGAAAAGGAGGAAAAAGAUGAGUCAGAAGAAGAAAUUGACUCUACAGAUCUGUUUCAGUUUGGGGACCUGACCUCCCAGAAGAACUUUGCGUCAUCGGAUUUUUGUUUUUUGCAGGAGUUUAUCUUCAGACUUCUGAAAUUUAAAGAGUUUGAACUUUGUGAACUAAAAAGAAGCUUGACAAAGGCAUAUGAAGAACAGGAAAGUUUAAAAAAGCAGUUGGAGGAUCUAAAGAUACCAUUAAAAUCUUCUUCUGAGAUAGUUUCUGUGAAUAUGAUCAUGGGACUUCUGGGUCAUCGACAGUAUGUCAACACUACAGUAUAA